AUGGCCAGACCUGGAGGUUUUGGAGGCCUGUUAAGAGAUGAAACAGGAGCAUGGAUUUGUGGUUUCCACAAAGUGAUCAUUGAAAUAGAUGCGACUGAAGUAGUGAAGCUACUUGAAGAAGGUCUUGGAGAACACCACCUCCUCCGAGGCCUUGUGGAAGACGGACGAAUAAUCUUUAAUGGCUGUCAAUGCACUGUACAACACAUCUACAGAGAAGGAAAUUUAUGCGUACAUGUAAUGAGCAAACUUGGAGCUGAACAACCUGAGGACAUUCUAGCUGUAAAUGACCCACCUGCUGAAAUCAGAGAGCUCUUGGUCUCUGAUAUGGUUGGGUUAGCUAGGGAAAGGGCUUAG